AUUUUGUAUCGAAUAUGUCAAAUUCCUUCCACCUAUAAAUAUGGUAGGGUGGUUCAUUUUCGUUAAAACUUUAUUUUUCCCAGAAAUAUAGGACAAAGACAUUAGUUAUAAACAAAAGGACCAUAAUAAUAUGCUUUCAAUUACCUUGCUUUUCUGCACGUUGAUUGCUCAUUCUUUUGCCUCGACUUUCACCAUUACUAACAACUGCCCUUAUACAAUUUGGCCUGGAACAUUGUCUGGUUCCUCAUCACCUCAACUUUCCACGACGGGCUUUCAAUUGAAUGCUGGCCAAAGCGUCAGGAUUCCAAGUGUAGCGGGAUGGUCAGGUCGCAUUUGGGCAAGGACUGGCUGCGUUUUUGAUGAGUCUGGUGUUGGCUCUUGUCAAACAGGUGACUGUGGUGGUAAGCUUGAAUGUGAUGGCCUUGGUGCAACACCACCUGCCUCUCUCUUCGAGAUAACUCUAGGGACGGGAGAUACCAAAGAUUUCUACGAUGUCAGCAUUGUUGAUGGUUAUAAUCUGCCAAUGGUUGCAACCCCACAGGGAGUUCCUGGUGGAUGCAACGCCACUGGAUGUGUUUCCAAUCUUAACAUGGGUUGUCCCAAAGAACUUCAAGUGGUGGGUGGAGAUGGAGGAGGAAAUGUAGUAGCAUGCAAGAGUGCAUGUGAGGCUUUUGGUUUAGAUCAGUAUUGCUGUGCCGGAGAGUUUGCCAAUCCAACAACUUGUCGUCCAUCAUUCUAUUCAAGCAUCUUCAAAAGAGCUUGUCCAAGGGCUUAUAGCUAUGCAUAUGAUGAUGGCACCAGCACUUUUACCUGCAAGGCUUCUGACUACGCAAUCAUCUUCUGUCCCAUGAAUGGGGUGAAGAGACCCAACGGUGGAGAAACAACUCCACCUAUUGAAGAAAGUAGAAUGGAGAAGUUCCCAGCAAGGGUCUCAUCGUCAAACAUUCUACUUCCCUUCCCCAUGCUGAUUGGGCUGCUAUUUCAGUUUAUAUCUCUAUAAAUAAGUCAAACAGCAUAAAUCAGGAUAUGCUUUGGCAUAACGAGAGAACGGAGCAGAAUUUGAAUGGACAUAUGACAAAAUUAAGGAAUGUUAUCUUGAGAAAAAACUAACACAAAUGACAACUUAUUUACAAUAUCAACAGUGUCUUGUACUACAACAUUAUGUCUC